AUGUUUCGUUAUAUAAGACCAGCGCUGAAUAAAGCAUUUCGUCCUUCCGCAAACAAAUGUUGUAAACGAAGUCAAACAACAUUAAAACAUUGCUUUGGUUUACAUGACAAACCCAAUAGUAUUGCUAUUGUAUCCAAUGUUAAUGAAAUUCAUUUUAAUUUAGCAGUAGAAGAUUACCUUAUGAAUGUUCUACGACCCCCCUGUCCUUUGUUUUUUUGGUGGAGAAAUGCAAGCAAUGUUGUCAUUGGAAGACAUCAAAAUCCAUGGAGUGAAUGCCGCUGGGAACUUAUGCAACAAGACGGCGUUGACAUAGCUCGUCGUUUUAGUGGUGGAGGAGCCGUGUAUCAAGAUUUAGGAAAUUCUUGCUUUACUUUAUUACUACCAGAAAAGAUGUACGAUUCAGAGAAAAAUAAUAACAUUAUAUUGAAUGUUUUGAAGCAUUACUUUAAUAUACAUGGUGAGGCAAGUGGAAGAAAUGAUAUGGUGGUUAAUAACAAAAAAAUUUCCGGUUCUGCAUUUAAACAAUUGCGCAAAGUGGGAGAACCCAACUUAUCUCUACAACAUGGAACACUUUUAAUAGAUACAGAUAUGAAAGCAGUAGAAAAGUACCUUACACCGAAUUCGAAGAAGUUACAGUCGAAAGGUGUUAGUAGUGUGUCUUCACGUGUUAUGAAUUUGAAAGAAUUAAAUCCAAAUAUUUCCCACGAAACACUUCAAGAACCUCUUAUUGAAGAAUUUUGUAAACAAUAUAGUUCUAACGAAGCUUGCUUAACGUUUUCCGUUGAUAAAGAAUCUGAAAUAACAAAAGAUCCGAAUUUCGUGUCCACCUACAACCAGCUGAAAGAUUGGAACUGGCGUUUUGGAAAGACUCCUGAAUUCUCCCAUACUCUACAAGAUCGAUUAAGUCAGGCAACAGUUGAGUUGCAUUUGAAUAUUGUAAAUGGCCAAAUCUCAAACGUUAAACUCUAUACUGAUUCUCUGUUUCCUGAGGUAGUUCCCUUAGUAGAAGAUGCUCUCAAAGCGAAUACUAAUGUGAAACAAGAAAUAGAUGAUAUCAAGCAUAUGAUACUUGAUCGUCUUUAA